ACUGCCACGCGGCUUGUCGUUGCGCUAGAAUAUAUGCCGUUGGCCAUCGUACAGGCGACUGCUUACAUUGCGCACAGAGCGCCGCGCUGCUCAGUGGGACAGUACUUGGAGAUGUUUGAGAAAAGUGAUCGAAAGAGAGUCACUUUGCUGGACUACGAAGGCGGCCAGCUUCGUCGAGAUCGCGACGCCAAGAACUCGAUUAUCAUCACGUGGCACAUAUCUUUCAAUUAUAUUCGCCAAACCAGGCCAUCGUCAGCAGACCUGCUAGCACUCAUGAGCUACUUCGAUCGGCAAGGCAUACCUGAAUAUCUACUUCGAAUGCGUGGGGUUGAUAAUCAUGCUGAGUUGACUGGAAGCGAUGGCAAUUCGAGCGUUCUCGAGGAUGACAAUGACGGCGACUGGGAUUCGGGCGACUCCGCAUCCAGCGAUGGAGAUACAUUCAAGGAUGACCUUAUUUUGUUAAGAAACUUUUCGUUCGUUUCCGUUACGGGGAGUAGUGACGUCUUCGAGAUGCACCGGCUGGUACAAAUAGCGAUGCAAAAGUGGCUUGCAAAUGACGGCCAGGAAGAAAGGUGGAAGCAUCAGUUUAUCAGCAAUCUUUCCACCAAUCUGCCUAAUGGACAAUACGAAAAUUGGGCAACAUGGAAAACAUUACUGCCGCAUGCGAGAGCGGCUUCGAGGCACAAAUUGAAGGAUGACGCAGCAUUGCUAGAUUGGGCAUCGAUUCUCUACUUGACCGCCUGGUUUUAUGAGAGAAUAGGUAGCGGGUAUGAGGCGGAGGAAGUAUACGUUCUUGCCAUGAAAGUCAGGACCAGGCUUCUUGGAAGAGAGCACCAGGAUGCUUUGAACAGCAUUACCAUGGCAGGGUUGGCUUACAAACUUAGAGGUCGAUGGGAGGAAGCGGAGAAGCUGGAGGUGGAAGUGAUGGAGACUCGCAAGCAGAAACUGGGAGCGGAUCAUCCUUCCACGCUGACCAGCAUGGCCAACUUGGCGUCGACGUUUUGGAAUCAAGGUCGGUGGGAGGAAGCGAAGAAGCUGGAGGUGGAAGUGAUGGAGACGAGCAAGCAGAAACUGGGAGCGGAUCAUUCAGACACGCUGACCAGCAUGAACAAUCUUGCCUGCACGUGGAAAGCACUAGAUCGAGACAGGGAAGCACUAGCUUUGAUGGCACAGUGUGUUGCAAUGCAAUCACGCAUCAUUGGUGCACAGCAUCCAGAUCAUCUGUCUUCGCUAUCGACAUUAAAUCGAUGGGAAGAAGAACAAUGGGAAGACUACGUUUUGGAAGGAACAGCGUCUUGCUCAGAAGUGGGCAACAUCGACUUCGAGGACACUGAGGACUCCGGCGCAUCAAGAAUCCUAGAUACUCUUUUUAACCGUGGUUGCUGGCCGUAUAAUGCCCAAUAG